AUGAUGGACAGUGUUGAUCAGUCGGCUCGCCAGAAGGCGGCUGGCGAUAGACUCGAAGAAGAGCAAAAGGGACGGGCAGGCUCUGUGGAGCACACCAACAGGACUGUCGUCGCCGUUGUCCUCGUGGUCUUCGUUGUGGUCGUGGUCGUGGUCGUUAUUAGGUGGGUUGCCAAUCGCCCGUUUCGGCGUCACCGUCAUCCACUCGUGCGGCGCUGCCACUUGCUGCUGCCCCCGCCGUUCCGUUCGGUGGAUGACUUGAGACCCGCCAUGGCCGACCUGCCUUUCCCCGGUGGAGCUCCUCCAGCUCCUCCAUCAUACAACCUCUCCUCCGCUCCCCGCCGCUCCUCCUACGCUUCGAUCGUCUCGGGUACUGCCUUGUCGCCUCCAAUCUCUCGCUCCUUCUCACAUCUCUUGAGCUCCAGUACCGCUGCUGCUACCGCUACUGCUACUGCCUCCGCCUCUCUGCAUCUUCCAACCUUCUCCCCGCCCGACGGUCGCUUUCCCCCGCGGGCCUGGUCCGGCCUGGAUGCCGCAGACAUGCACUUGAACUCCGCCUGGCGGCCCUCGGGGUCUCCAGACUCGUCCUUGCCCGCAUACUCGCGCAAAUACGCAAAUUACAUCCGCUCCACCGAAUAUCUCAGUGGCCUAGGUCCGCCAACUGAUGGGCCCUCUUUCUUCAUUCCAUCCUACCUUCGCGAAUCCCACUACGUCUCCCGCCUGGAAGCCGCACACAGGGCCAAGCUCGCCGCUCAGCAGCGCGAGGGUCCGGCUGUCACGUCAACGUCGGGCGGUCCGUCGCUCUCAACAUCCUCCAGCCAUGUCCAUCUUCCCCGGAUGGCUCCCUCUCAUCGGGGCAUGACCUAUGAUAUUAUUGAGAAGGAGCCUCGGACAACACCGCCGUCACCACCACUGGGCCCACUGCCUUCGCAAUGGAGUUCCGUCGACAAGCACGCCGGUCUGGAACUCUCCAAUGAAGGGCUGGAUGUGCGGUACACGGGACCAGUGCACAAGCAUGAGCAUGAGGCGGCCGCCUUGCGUGCAGAUCACCCUAUGCCGCCUCAAUGUGGAAUUUACUACUUUGAGAUCAAGAUUGAAUCAAAGCCAAAGGAAGGAAUGAUCGGCAUUGGGUUUUCUAGUACCAAAGCUUCCGUCGAGCGACUUCCCGGAUGGGAGCAAGAAUCUUGGGCCUAUCAUGGGGAUGAUGGAAAAUCCUUUUUUGGUGAGAGCCAGGGGCAGGGAAGGCCCUAUGGUCCAACGUUUGGGGUUGGAGAUACUGUGGGCUGCGGAGUGGACUUUUCCACAGGCUCGGCGUUUUUCACCAAGAAUGGUAUAUUUCUGGGUAAUGCUUUUCACGAGCUGCGCAAUGUGAAACUGUAUCCCUCCGUUGGAAUGAAGAGGCAGCCACCUGUUCAUUUAAAGGCAAACUUUGGCCAAGAGCCAUUCAUGUUUGACAUUGACGGGAUGGUCACAACAGAGCGUGCACAGAUACGGGCGGAAAUCAACGCCACCAGUGCUGAUAACUUGCAGCCCCCGUUGAAUGAGACGGCAUUGAUGCAGGAACUUGUGGCCCAAUUUCUGGCUCACGAUGGCUAUGUCGAAACAGCCAGAGCCUUUGCAGAAGGGGUGGCUACCGAAACAGCGGCCUUGCAAAAUGGUCAACAAGACCCACUCAAGAAAUACGAAGUGGAAGAGGAUCGUGAGGCUAUCAACCGAAACAAGAUUCGCGCUGCUAUCCUUGAUGGAGAUAUUGAUAAGGCUCUGAAGCUGACAACGGCUUAUUAUGCAAAUGUUCUUGAGGACAACCCGGAGAUUCAUUUCAAGCUACGCUGCCGUAAAUUCCUGGAGAUGAUGCGGCGGUCCAACGAAUUGACCGCUGGCGCCGCCGCCAGCAAGCGUCGUCGAGCAGAUUCACCCGGCGCCGGUAUCGGCCAUGAGCAUGCUGUCUUUGAUCAGGAGAUGGAACUUGAUGAUGGUCACUGGGAUGGGGACGGGGAUGGAAUGGAAACCGAGGAACCCACUGCAGUGCCCUUUAAUGAAGUGCUCACCGAAGCAGUCCAAUAUGGCCAGCAGCUCUGCCUAGACUAUCCGAGCGACGAGAAUGGUGGAGAUAGGAAAAUGCUUGAGGCCAUUUUCUCCUUGGUGGCAUAUCCUGAUCCACAGAAUUCUGUCCAUGGUCAUUAUCUUGAUCCUGCAGGUAGAGUGGCCGUGGCAGAGGAGUUGAACUCGGCUAUCCUCGUCUCACUUGGCAAAUCAUCAUCCGCAGCCUUGGAGCGGCUGUACCAACAAACAGAGGCUCUAGUGAAUGAAAUUAGCGAAGAUGGCGGCGCUGGGGCGUUUAUCAAUGUUCGACGUGACAUUUUUCUUUGA